CGGUGGGAGGAUGUUUGCUCUCCUCCUGCUCCACUUCUCAACAGUCUCUGGAAAAUCAGCGAUCACUGCAGCAAGAAGUCCGCCUGCCUGCGCCUGUUUGUGUCAGAGCCGAUCAGCAGCACUCAAGAGAAACAACUAAACCGGGACUUAUAUUCAUAAAACCCUCUCCUCCGGCUGGUGACAGAGAUGGCAGCCAUUCGGAAGAAGCUGGUGAUUGUCGGGGAUGGAGCUUGUGGGAAAACAUGUCUUCUCAUUGUUUUCAGUAAGGACCAGUUUCCUGAGGUCUACGUCCCCACAGUGUUCGAGAACUACAUCGCUGAUAUCGAGGUUGACGGAAAGCAGGUGGAACUUGCAUUGUGGGAUACUGCAGGCCAGGAGGACUACGACAGGCUGAGGCCUCUGUCCUACCCCGACACGGACGUCAUCCUCAUGUGCUUCUCCAUCGACAGUCCCGACAGCUUAGAAAAUAUCCCUGAGAAGUGGACACCUGAGGUGAAACACUUCUGCCCCAAUGUUCCCAUCAUCCUGGUGGGGAAUAAGAAGGACCUGCGGAACGAUGAACACACACGGAGAGAGCUGGCCAAGAUGAAGCAGGAGCCAGUAAAAACAGAGGAGGGCAGAGACAUGGCCAGCAGGAUCAGUGCGUUCGGCUACUUGGAGUGCUCUGCCAAAACGAAGGACGGGGUGCGGGAGGUGUUCGAGAUGGCCACCAGGGCGGCGCUGCAGGUCCGCAAGCACAGGAAGAGGAGCGGCUGCACGCUGCUGUGAGCAGUCCCGGGCGCCGUCAAUUCAACUGACCAAAAGGAGAAAAAAAAACUAGAUGCGCUAAACGGACUGUCCUGUUACCAAAUGGAUCUUUGUACUGUAAACUCGCAUUUCACAGAAAAACAGGCCGGCAAAUGAAACGAAUGCAAACAUAAAGAAAAGGACUUAUUUAGACCAGGGUUCGAAAUUGAUGUUUAAGCUCCCCGUUGAUUUGCUUCCCUACCAAAUCUGUCUUUACACCUUUUUUUUUUCCAGUUUUGUUUAUCUUUGUAGUAGUACUGUAACAGCAAUGUGGUAGGUGCACGUUUGUGCGCACGGUUAGCUCGAGCAACAACCACCCUCUACGGCUACGAUAGUCUUCAUGUGUCAGUUAUCAAAUUGUGUUGAUAAUUGUAGCAGUUCUGAUGACAAAAGAAAGUUAAUACCUAUUGAUCAUAAGCAUUAGUGCCUUUUUUUCUUAUUUUUCAGUUUGUACACCCACCAUCUGCAGUGCGUAUGUUUGUCAGGUUCAGCGGUAGACCUUUUUUGUUCAGCGGUAGACCUUUUCAGCAGCUCAUUUCACUCAGUGCUGUGGUGGUGAAACCUGAGCAAAGCCAUAUCCAAGACCUUUCGGUGCCGGCGGUGACUCUCACAGCAAAAACAAACGGUUUGCUCGUGUCAUUUUUGUAGACAGGAAACCUCACCUCUCCCUCUGCGUUCUCUAUUUUCACUCCACUCACAAUGAGGGUUCAAAAACAAAAAAAAAAAAACAGCUGUUUCGUGGUCAGCAAAGGCGUGAGCUCACUAUUCUGCAUCGGAUUAGUCACGUGGCGCCCCACCCAACCGUUAACAGUGGACCUCGGUGGUGGUGGGCUGGUACAAACAAGCCAAUGGCACUCAACUAUGCACAAUAGCUGUCAAAAAUAACAGAGGAAACUUUUUGAAGAGGUGACGGGAGGUUCUGUUUGCGACUCCAGUGACUUGAGUUCAGAUCAAUCCCACCCGCUGCUGGAAUCGGAGCGUCCGACCAGUUUAUCCAGUCAUUCGUGGAAAUCACGUCUUGCUAGACUGCUGCACAUUUCCAGUCGCACAACAUUCUUUGCAUGUCUGAGAAGAGCUGAGACCCCCCUACCUGCCCCCCCUGCCCAGUGCCUUCUCUGUACUGGUGUGCCUUUUUGUUGCUCCUUCCCAGACCAGACCAGACUGGCUGGCUGCUUCUGUGACCUGAUGUUGACCCACAAACUAAAGAGUCAGCUUCCUGCCUUUAUUUUAGUUUUUUUUUCUUUAAUUGCUCAAAAAAACUUGAAUCAGUUUCCAAACACGUACGUAGUACAAAACCUGAGAUUAGAUGUACAAAUACACAUUAGUAAAGGGUUCACGCAGUUCUGCGUCAAGAAGUAUUCAAAAAAAAAGACUAAACUGUACAUUUCCUCUGGGCUGUAACGUGUCAGCACACUUAUUUCCAAGUCAGAGAUACAGAAGACAUUUUUAAGACAUUUGAGGCUCCAGUCAAAGAACCCGAUUAACCUGAAAGUACAACAAGCUUGAUAAGACGAUGCUCCCAAGGCCAAGUGUCUGUCCUCGGGCACACCCUUCCCAUCAUUCCCUCUCCGCCUGCGUUGCUCUUUCAUGUACAGUAACAUGUUCUUUGGUUGCAUGAGGGGUGGCUUGUUAAAGGUCCGUGGCGAAACCAUCACUUUGAUGUUGCAUGCUACCUUCGUACAAUAACCACACAUACCAGCUGGUAAGGUCUAGCUCUAUUAUAUCGUCGUAUUGUAUGUAUUUGCAAACUUAAACCCAAGUUUAGCAGAGGUUGCCUUGAUUCGAAUUGCAUACAAACAGCAUAUUAAUGUCACUUUAACUCUUUAGGUGACGGAGGCCGCACCUCAGCUCAUUUUGGACGACAAGCACAGUAUCAAAACAAAGGUGAACCAAUUGAAAUCUCCAGUCUCCUCGAUCAAGACAGGCCUCUUGUUAAUUGUUUCGUCGUUUUUUUGGGAGGAGCAUUCAGCGAAGAUGGUCCAACAACUGUCGCAGCUGGAAGCGGGGAGCGCUGAUGAAAGCAUUCCUGCCGAGCAGCAGAGGGUUUAACGGGAAACAUAUCACUAAGAGCAUGUCCUGUGCUGCCGUUGUUGUGUAUGUACACACCAGUUCCAGCUAAAUCAACUUGUCCUUACAAUGUUCAUGCAUGCGUGUGGGGAGGGGAGAAAAAAAAAAGAGGUGGGGGGGGUCUUUACUGCGUGCACGAACAUAUACACACAAGCACUAACAUGCACACGUCAGUGGGAACAGCUUCUGCUCAGUGUUGUGUGACUUUUCUUUCUCUAGAAGUAUUUGAAAUGAUAAUUGAAGCAGAUUUAUAUGAAGCUUAUUAUGAUAAUGCUUUGUAAACGGAUGGUGAUGUGGUGAAUGUCAGAUCUCAACAUCAUUAAUAAACUAUUUUUGAGACAAGA